AUGGUAUCAGAACCAAUUGAAGUGGCAGCCCUAGGAAGACCUCUGUCUCUUGGAAUGCUUUACGACUGCCGUGAAGACUCUUUCAUUCCAGGUGUUACUCUGUGGGAUAAGAAAUCACUUAGUAAAGAUUUGGACAGUCAUCCACAGCCCCUGACAGACGUGAAGUUCAGUAGCUCUGACUCUCUCUCUAGUAAGGCCAGUCUCCUGGAUGUAAGUGCUUCCCUAAAAGCCAGUUUCUUGGGGGGGCUGGUGAAUGUGGAUGGAUCUGCCAAUUACCUGCAUGACACCAAAUCCUCAAACCAGCAGUCCAGAGUUACAAUGUUUUACAGUGAAACCACAAGAUUCAAACAGCUCACUAUGUCCCAGCUGGGCAAGAUCACCUAUCCUCAGGUUUUUGACCAGAAAACUGCAACUCAUGUGGUUGUUGCUGUGCUGUAUGGAGCUCAAGCAUUCAUGGUGUUUGAUCGGACAUUUUUAGAAGAGGAAAACAAGCAGGAGAUUGAGGGAAAACUGAGUGUCAUGGUCAGGAAGAUUUCUGGAUUUUCCAUUGAGGGAGAGGGAUCUGUAAAUAUGACAGAUGCUGAAAAGGAAAUGGCUGAGAAGAUCACCUGCACAUUUCAUGGUGAUGUCCGCCUUGAACAGAACCCCACCACAUACACGGAGGCCAUACAGACAUACAAGAAGCUCCCCACUCUGCUGAGAGAGAAUCCAAAUAAUGUGGUUCCAAUAAAAGUCUGGCUCCUUCCUCUUUAUCUACUGGACAAUAAAGCAGCUCAGCUGGAGAGACAAAUCAGUACAAGUCUGGUUUCCAACACUGAAGAUAUAAUUGAGGUGCUAGGAGAGACAGGGAGGACAUGUAAUGACCUGCUCAAAAGUACACUGGUCAAUGCUUUCAGAGACAUUAAAGAGAGUCUGCACUCAUUUCAGGACUCGUUUAGCAUUUAUAAGGCAAAGCUCCUGGAUGCAGUCGGCAGGGUCUUGCCUGCUGUUCGAGGAGGAGAGAUGAAGGAGAAGUCUCUGGAAGACAUAUUGAAGAUCCACAGGAACUCCCCAUUUAAUGAUGACAUUGUGAACAAGUGGCUAAAUUAUGCAAAGUCUGAACUUCAAAUCUUGAGUUCUUACAUCAAUAAGUUACAAAGGAUCACAAUUGAAGACUCAGUCAGUCUUAGGACCAUUUUAUUUGAUCCUGAUGUUGAUGCAGUGGUGUGCUUGACCUUCACAUCUCUGAUGUAUAAAGAUCCAUAUCUUUCAACCUUGAAGGAGUUCUUGAAAUCUGAAAGGUUUAAAGAGCUAGAUGGGAGUAACAAUUUGUUUUCUGUGAAAUCUGUCAGAAAAUGGUUCAGUAAUCCCAAUAUCAUAAUAAAGAUGAGAGAGAACUUAUCUAAUUUCAGGAGUUUUUCAGAAGCCAAUAAAGAUGAAAAGAGAAUCCGCUUCAUUAUUUCUGCCAUCUCCAAUCCCUCCAUUGCAGGCUCCUCCAUCUAUCUAUAUGAACACGGGAAACUGACAGAAACACAGUUCAAGCCCGUGUCCAAGCCACCCCCACCAACAGUGAAGAAUGCCCUGGUCCAAGCUGUGUCCCUGAAACUGCACAUGUCUUCAUCUAAUGAGACAGUGCAGUACAGAGUGGAAUACAAGAAAGCAAAACCCGAUUCUGGAGCUGAGGAACAGUGGCUUUUUAUAGACACAGCUAAUGAAGACUUCACUCUGACUGGAUUGGAGUCUGAAAAGCAUUACUUGAUCCGCUGCAGGAGAGUUGAUAAAGUGGGAGUGAGUGAAGCCAGUGAUGCUGUCAGUACUUACCCUUUCGCACCUGUGAUUGUGGGUGGGACAGGAGGUGAGGAAUUUUCCUUUAAGUCCGCUUUCUACAACACCUUUGAGAAGAUCAUCAUAACUUACAAUGAGAAGAAGGAGGUGGGUGAAGAUUAG